AUGGAACAUACAGAUAAGAUAUUGAACGCUUUAAAGUCAAAUUCAAGUGUUGUUGACACAUUGAAGGAUGAAGUGGACUUGUGUGUAUAUGUUCUACACUUGGCAAUGAGUCAAUAUGGUUGGACUUGUAUUGGAACAUCAGAGACAAAGACUACUGCUCCUGCUGCCGCCGCUGCAACACCUGGUGCUAACAAGGCUGUGUUGCCCACUGGUUGGAAUGCAUCGAGUGAUGUCUACACUCUCACCUACCAAUUCGAUCAAGACCCUGCCGUCACCGCUGUAUUGAAGUGUCUCCGCAUUGGACAAACGCUCCUAGUCAAUGCCAUGUUACUUCACACACAGAACAAGAUCUACACAUUGGAUAUCGAGAUACCUCAAUUGAUCAAACAACCAAACUAUAAGUUGUUGACUGAUAUCAAAGAUGCAUUCACUCAUUUGGAUCAGUUGCUGGCAAUGUUUGAGAUGUCAAUCUUGGUCAACAUCACACCAAAGAAGAAGUCAUCGCUGCAAGAGGAUUUAGUCAUUGAGAAGGAUCGUUCUUACAAUGUAGAGCACUCAAAGAACAUCACCCAACCGCCUCAAUUCCACAACCCACCCUUGAUGGUCGGUGGCGGAGGUGGCGGUAGAGGCGGACACGGUGGCGGACUCGGAGGCGGAUUCGGCGGUGGCUUUGGCACAGGCGAUCACGACCUUGAUCCAAUUGGCAUGCCACACCUUCCCAACAUGGUGGGCGGCGCCUACAGACCACAGUUCCCGGGCGCUGGCAACCAGAUCGGACCCAACCAUCCAGGUUUUGGCCGUGUACAUUUCCCCUACGGCGGCAAUGACAAUAGUCAAGGUCUACCAUUUGGUGAGCGUCUGCCACCCGGUGCCGUGCCACCAGGUGCUCGCUUCGACCCAUUUGGACCACCCACUGGCGGUCGUCCCUCUGGUGGAUCUCACCGAUCAUUUGGUGAUGAGAUGCCUCCACCAGGCUUCAAUGAUUACUACUCA